GAGAGCGCCCCCGUCGUUUGUGAACUGGCCACAUAAUCAUGUCGCUCUCCCGGAUACUUCGUGCUCAAAAGUUCUUGCCUCUUUUAAGGCAGCAGGCUGCUUGUCUUUCAAGUGCUGCAGCUCAACCUCAGAGGGAUGCGCCUGUGAAAUACACCAAGGCCUUCAUCAACAAUGAGUGGGUUGAUUCGGCUAGCGGAAAGACCUUUCCUACCAUUAACCCAGCCACUGGGGAGACAAUUGCCGAGAUAGCAGAGUGCGACAAGGCUGAUGUUGAGAAAGCAGUUAAGGCAGCCCGCGAGGCCUUCAGGCUUGGUUCACCAUGGAGGCGGAUGGACGCAUCGGAGAGAGGACUUAGGCUGAAUAAGCUGGCAGACCUGAUUGAGAGGGAUGCAACUUACAUUGCAUCUUUGGAGACAAUGGAUAAUGGUAAGCCAUUCCAUGUGGCACUUGCUGCUGACGUGGCCCUGGUUGUCAAGUGUUUCAGAUACUACGCUGGCUGGGCCGACAAACACCAUGGCAAAACCAUCCCGAUCGGCGGCGAUUAUAUGUGUUACACAAGACACGAACCUGUUGGAGUUGUUGGUCAGAUUAUCCCAUGGAACUUCCCUCUUCUCAUGUUGGCAUGGAAGUGGGGGCCAGCACUCGCCCUUGGUAAUACUGUUGUGAUGAAGACUGCCGAACAGACGCCACUGACGGCUGCGUAUGUUGCUCAAUUGGCGGUCGAGGCUGGUUUCCCUCCAGGUGUAAUUAAUGUCUUGCCGGGAUAUGGACCAACGGCUGGUGCGGCCAUCGCCUCACAUAUGGACGUGGACAAGAUCGCCUUUACAGGAUCAACACAAAUUGGACAGUUGGUCCAUCAGAUGGCUGGCCAGAGUAACCUGAAGCGGGUCACCCUGGAACUUGGGGGAAAAAGUCCUAACAUUAUACUCAAGGAUGCCGACAUGGACCAUGCGGUGGAGCAGAGCCACUUUGCUCUCUUCUUCAACCAAGGUCAGUGCUGCUGUGCUGGGUCAAGGACGUUUGUGGAGGAGUCGAUCUAUGAUGAGUUUGUUGAGAGAAGUGUUGAGCGAGCGAAGACGAGAACUGUUGGUGAUCCAUUUGACCCCAAGAAUGAACAAGGACCACAGAUUGAUGAUGAGCAGUUUGGACAGAUCAUGGACCUGAUUGAUAGCGGCAAGAAGCAAGGUGCCAAGCUGUUGGCCGGUGGGAACAGAAUCGGUGACAAGGGUUUCUUCGUUGAACCAACCGUCUUCACCGACGUUCAGGACAAUAUGAGAAUUGCUAAGGAAGAGAUAUUUGGACCAGUGAUGCAGAUCAUGAAAUUCAAGGACACAGAUGAGUUGCUUCAUCGUGCACAUGACACAGAGUAUGGCCUGGCUGCGUCUGUCUUCACCAAGGAUAUCGACCGAGCUCUCUACUUGAGCAACAGCCUGCGCGCUGGAACUGUCUGGGUUAACUGCUAUGAUGUGUUUGACGCUGCCGCGCCCUUUGGUGGUUACAAGAUGUCUGGCAAUGGCCGUGAGCUGGGUGAAUAUGGACUCGAAGCCUACACUGAAGUCAAGACGGUGACCAUCAAGAUUCCGCAGAAGAACUCGUAAACCUUGUGAUUGAGCCAGCAGUUCAACAGACAGUUAGAGUUACAUCUAUGCAACUAAUAUUUACCUAACCUAAAUGAAAAUAUAUGUGUUAGCCGAUUAAUUGUUCCACUCAUUAAUUGAUUAAUUUUUUUUCGUGGGGAAAAAUGUUCACCACCACUACCUCAGGAGAGUAAAUCAGAGACCAUGUUUAAUAGAGAAAAAGUGUUGGAAAGAGCCACGUGCGAGACAAGUUCCUGAUGGAAAUUGAAGGGGUUAAUUUAAUUGUUAUUUCAGGCAAGUUGAUGUAAUUACAUGUAAACUUUUCUGAACCAAUUCCUCUCCUGCACCAUCAUUACCAAAAAUGAUAUUUGUCUGUGAAGCCUUGCUUUCGCCGUGUACAAAGGUUUCGCAGCUUUCGGGGCAAUUUAUAUUUGCGAACAUAUUUACGUUAAUAAGAUUGCUUGUUAAAAAUGUUUUUUAACUUUACAACUACUCUAUUUUUACACCGUGUAUUUGUAAAGAUUUCAUGUUGUCUCGUAAAGUCUCUAAAGUACAUGUAUUGAAGUUAACACUAUUGAAAAAGGCUCUGCUCGAUCCAAUAAUGGUCACCUCCCCCCACUGUCUGUCUUUUGUGAACAUGUAUUUUGUUUGAAAUAACUUAAGAAACUAGGUCAUGAUCCAUUUCUUGCCACAAAUGUCUAAAUAUGAUAUACAUGUACAUGUUAUAGUAGUACAUCAGUUACUCUGUGCCAUCAGAGAUUUAUCAUAUCGUUUAAUAGCAUCAUAGCAUAAUUGCCUAAGUCAUAUUUUGGCCAAAAUGUGAAAAUUCAUUACCUACUUCACUUUUCUGUGUUAUUCAAGCAUUUUUUACUUAUUUUCAUGGUUUAAAAAAUGUUGAGGCAUCUGUUAUAAGUUAUUGUUAAAGUUUGAAUAAGAAUUUCCUAAGCGUUUUCUAAAAAAUAGUUUUAUUUCAUUGUUCUCCAAACCUUCAAAUAUGAGUUAGGCAAUUAUGCUAUGAGGCUAAUGAUGUGGUAUAUCAGAAUAUGGUUAAAAAUAUAUGUUUUGCAAAUGAUAUAUUAUUUGUUCACUGGUGCAUUGCAUGAUGAUUUAUGCAGGUAAUAAAGUAAUAGAUUGAUAAUACUGAA